UGACACGUAUCAUAGCUGUAGCUUAAGUUGGAGCGGAGGUGGGAAAAAGCGCGCGGUACCGUCUCCUCUUUUAUCUAUAACGUACUUAAUUGUUAGUUCCCGGCAGAUUAAUUUUUAAACAUUAUUUCGGAUAUUUUAAUUUAACAUUUCUAGGUUUUAAUUAUUUUGACGUAGCAAUAUAAUUUUUGCUGUCGCCAGAAGUGCAAAAUACAACUUUUAUUUUGAAUCCCGAUUUCACAAAUAGGAUGUCGUACAAUAAAAUGCAUUUAAGCGUGGAAAGUGUUUCUCAGAAGAAAUUUAUCUUUUGAAGAGUGUGAAAGCUUCGGAAACAUUCCCAAAUAACACAAUGCCGAGUAAAAAGAAGAAAUUCAAUGCAAGAUUUCCACCUGUUCAAAGCCUUUCUUGGGGCACGAAUGAGUUUCUCUGUUUGUUUAGCAAUAGUCAAUUUUGGUCAUUCAUCGAAUGCUGGUCCAGCGACCUAUCCUUGGAAAGUAGGCUAGAAUUAAAAAGAUCAUGCAAACUGAUGAAGAUAUAGGGAAAGUAGCUGCUGCUGUGCCUGUCAUAAUUUCACGAGCUUUGGAGUUAUUUGUUGAAUCAUUGGUGACAAAAACCAGUCUCAUCACAAAAAGCAGAAAUGCCAAAACUUUAACCACAUCUCAUUUGAAGUCUUGUGUUUUAUCUGACAAUAGUUUUGCAUUUUUACGGGAGUUAGUGGCAUCAGUCCCAGAUGUGCAAGGAGAAGAUGAGCAAGGAACCUCCUGCAUAUCUGAUGGAAACAACUCUGAAAAUCAGCAUGCUAGACUAAGAAGACCAAAGGACAGAGGAACUAGUGAAGAUAGUGCUGGUCCAAGUCAUUCAACUGCUGAUGAAUCAGAAACUUGGAGUGCAGAAGAGGAUGGCGAGGAGGAUUCAGAAACAAGUAGUGCAGAAUCUUCAUCCCAUCAACAACCUACAGUCUCAUCUAUAUCCUCAGCAUCCAUUCCUCCUUCACAUUGUAAUGUUGCUUUUCAAACCAGUUCAUCUCAUCAUUACAUGUCUUAUCCAGUUCCAUGUGUACCAAAUAACAAUACAUCCAACAGUGUGGACGAUGAUUAUGACUCUUGACAUUUCCACCACCUUUGUUCAAGUUUUAAACUUCCUGCAUCAUUAUCUAGUAGCAUAGAUCCAAUCAGCUGCUAGUCUCCUGAAUUUCUUUUGUUCAAGUGUUAACCAAUUAUUGAAACUUCUGUAGACAUUGGUUCACUUCACUUCAAUUGGUUAUAUUUGUUAUUCUAAUAAUAUUUCACUUCUAAAAAAUUGUCUUUACUAAUCCUUUAUUUAAAUUUUGUGGGGAAAAAAAACUUAAUACCUUGAAUUUCAUUUUGGAUGUAUAAUUGAAUUCAUUCAUUCUUUAUAAUUAAAGAAUUUUUACUAAAAUUUGAAUGAAAUGUUAAAUGAAAAUAUUUAUUUAAAAAAUAGUGCCAUUUUCUUUUAUAUAUAUAUAUAUAAUGUGAUAUAUAGCUUUCUGAAGCAAAAUGUACAUGUAUAUGAUUCCUGCCAGCAAUAAUAUUACAAAAUAAUUAUUAAAAAUGACAUCGUUUGUGUUCAAAGAGUGUCCUGAAAGUUUAAGCAUUGUUUAUAUGUGCUAUUUAUCUUUUGACUUCUGUUGGUCAAAAAUAAAAUAGAUACCCUUAUACUAAAUUCUGAAUUGAUUACAUUAUUUUUAUAUUAUAUAAUCAUAGGAGAGCAUUAUUAUUUCCUGUUGAAUGUUUUUUUACUAAAUUGUUAGAUAAUAUAAUUAGAAUAUGAAUAAUGCCUUAGUUUAACAAUUAUAGCAAAUUUAUUGUAUGCAAGUUCUUGAAUUUAAAUUCUAAUACUACAAGGAUAAUUAUAUAUUGCUCUCUUUAUUCAUUAGAUUUAAUUUAAUGUUUUAUCCUAUCCUUAUAUAGACAUGCUUUUGGCUAAAGCAAUAAUACAAGAGAAGUUGAAGAGAAAAAUAAUUGCUAAACAUUUGUGUUUUAAUGCUGUUGAUGAAAUGCUGAUAUCUUUAAAAUUUUUAAAUGUACAACUAGAAUAUUUUGCUCAAAUGUUUAGAAAAAUAUGAAGGAGAAUAUGUAAACAUUUAUUUUAAAUUGUUGCGAUAAGUAUGUAGAUAAACUUAAUGUGUAACUAUUGUUUAUUUAAAACUCUCAAAUGAAAUUUUUACACCAGUCUAUAAGUUACAAGGACUGUUUAUUCUUGUCUAAUACCUUGUUUAUGGAUCACAAAUUUAAUUGGAUUGCAUUAUUAAAAAUAAAAUUUGUGAGUGGUAUUAUUGAAUUAUUUACUAGAAUUUCCUUGUUUCUUUACUGCAAAUCUAUAUCAAAUAUAUGUCAAAAUGCUGUGUCAGUGAGGUUUUCUUUAUAAAACAGCAAUUCUGUUUCAAAAAAAUCUGUAUUCUUUUAUUGUAAUUAUUAUAUAAAAAGAAUAAUGGAUUAAAAUUUGAUUAAAAAAAAUAUUUCAUUGUGCACAAAUUUUCUUUCUCUGUUAUUUUUUUUUUUUUUUAUGAGGAUUACUUUCUUUAAGCUUGUAUUUAAAAAUAUAUCUUAGCAUCAUAGUUUUAGAUUAUUCAAUUUCUCACAAAUUGUUAAAAUAACCUUUUCUUAGUUUUAUGUUGUUUUUCUUAGUUUUUUCCAAGUGGUUUCCCAUUUGCAGUUGAAAAAAUUGCAUAAAUUAUUUUUUUACUGCUUCUCAAUUUUGAAGAUCAAUGAACAUUUUAUGAAUACAUUCAUAUAAUGUGCAUUGAUGUUAUUUUGUCUCAUUGGUGUAUUUAUGUAGCUCAGCUGUAAAAUGCACUCGUUCCUUCAUUUUAUUGUAAAAAAUAAAUACAUUUUUCUUUUAAUUCAAGACACAUAUGUACAUGGAAACCCAUCAAUAAAUUUUCAUUUUUU